AUGAAGAAGCAGCCGUCGCGGCUCGCGUCGGGGAUGAAACGGCUCGCGUCCAAGGUGUCGACGGAGAUGCGGGGCCUCAAGCGGACGCACUCCAGCGCGCAGUCGGGCCUGCGCGGCCUGCGCUUCCUCGACAAGACGUCGGGCGGCAAGGACGGCUGGAAGUCCGUCGAGAAGCGGUUCGACGAGAUGAGCACCGACGGCCGCCUGCACAAGGAGAACUUCGCCAAAUGCAUCGGUAUGGCUGAUUCCAAGGAGUUUGCAAGCGAGGUGUUUGUGGCAUUGUCAAGGAGAAGACAUAUUAACCCGGACGAUGGUGUAUUAAAAGAACAACUGAAGGAAUUCUGGGAAGAGAUGACGGACCAGAACUUUGAUUCUCGGCUACGCAUAUUCUUUGACAUGUGUGACAAGAACGGUGAUGGAAAGCUCACAGAAGACGAGGUCAAGGAGGUCAUUCUGCUAAGUGCCUCAGCAAACAAGCUCGCCAAGCUGAAGAACCAUGCUGCAACCUACGCUUCACUUAUCAUGGAAGAGCUGGAUCCAGAUCAUCGCGGUUACAUUGAGAUUUGGCAGCUGGAGACGCUGCUCCGCGGGAUGGUGUCGGCCUCAGGGCCGCCUGACAAGAUGAACAUGGCGUCGGCAAGUCUGGCGAGGACGAUGGUGCCCUCCAGCUACCGGAGCCCGCUGCAGAGGCGCAUAAACAAGACCGUCGACUUCGUCCACGAGAACUGGAAGAGGAUAUGGGUGCUCACGCUGUGGGGUAUCCUCAACAUUGCCCUCUUCAUAUUCAAGUUCAUUCAGUACCGGAGGCGCGCGGUGUUUGAGGUGAUGGGCUACUGCGUCUGCAUCGCCAAGGGCGCCGCCGAGACCCUCAAGCUCAACAUGGCGCUCAUACUGCUCCCGGUGUGCCGGAACACGCUGACGUGGCUCCGAUCCACCGCGCUCAGCAAGGUCGUGCCGUUCGACGACAACAUAAACUUCCACAAGGUUAUUGCUCUUGCAAUCGCAAUCGGUUCGGCAACACAUACGCUUGAACACGUAUUCUGCGACUUCCCCAGGGUGGUCUCGUGCCCCAAGGAAAAGUUCAUGGAGAAGCUGGGGCCCUUCUUCAACUACGUUCAACCAACAUGGCCGAUUCUGUUGACGAGCAUCCCGGGAUGGACCGGAAUCCUCCUGAUCCUGAUCAUGUCCUUCUCCUUCACGCUGGCGACACACUCCUUCCGGAGGAGUGUUGUGAAGCUGCCGUCGCCGCUGCAUCACCUGGCCGGCUUCAACGCCUUCUGGUACGCCCACCACCUGCUGGUCAUCGCGUACAUCCUCCUAGUGAUGCACUCCUACUUCAUAUUCCUCACCAAGCAGUGGUACAAGCGAACGACAUGGAUGUACUUGGCAGUCCCUGUCGUCUUCUAUGCCUCCGAGAGAAGUAUCAGAAAAAUUCGUGAGCAAAGUUAUGAUGUGAGCAUAAUCAAGGCAGCAAUUUACCCAGGAAACGUGCUCUCAAUUUACAUGAAGAAACCACCAAGCUUCAAGUACAAAAGUGGGAUGUACCUGUUUGUAAAGUGCCCAGACGUUUCUCCUUUUGAAUGGCAUCCCUUCUCCAUCACUUCAGCGCCUGGAGAUGACUACUUGAGCGUUCAUAUCCGUACAUUAGGUGACUGGACGUCAGAACUCAGGAACCUGUUUGGGAAGGCUUGUGAAGCAGAAGUAACUUCUAAGAAGGCUACACUAGCUAGACUUGAAACAACUGUUGUGGCACACGGCUUAUCAGAGGAAACUAGGUUUCCGAAAGUCUUCAUAGAUGGCCCUUAUGGUGCACCAGCUCAAAAUUACAAGAAAUACGACAUUCUUUUGCUUAUCGGGUUAGGAAUUGGCGCGACUCCUUUCAUCAGCAUCCUGAAGGACCUCCUGAAUAACAUAAAGUCCAAUGAGGAGCUGCAGAGCACGCAUGACGCCGAGUUAGGUUGCAGUUUCAAGACAAAUGGGCCAGGAAGAGCCUACUUCUACUGGGUUACAAGAGAGCAAGGCUCCUUCGAAUGGUUCAAAGGUGUUAUGAAUGAUGUCGCUGAGAGCGAUCACGAUAAUGUGAUAGAGAUGCACAAUUACCUGACCAGCGUGUAUGAGGAAGGCGACGCAAGAUCAGCCCUGAUUGCCAUGGUCCAAUCACUUCAGCACGCAAAGAAUGGCGUGGAUAUUGUGUCAGGCAGCAAGAUCCGAACGCAUUUCGCGAGGCCAAACUGGAGAAAGGUAUUUACUGAUCUGGCCAAUAACCACAAGAACUCACGCAUAGGUGUUUUCUACUGUGGAUCUCCAACACUUACGAAGACCCUGAGAGAUCUCUCUGUAGAAUUUAGCAACACAACGACCACCCGAUUCCAUUUCCACAAAGAGAAUUUCUAAGAAGCAACGGCAUGGGCCUGAGCCCUGGCCCGGCUCGUGUGCCCCAG